AUGGAUGGCUUUGGUUUCGGUGCGGUGGGCGGACUCUUUGGGUCAUCUCCCUCCUUCUCCACCUUCAAUUCGGAUCCUGUUCCUGUAGACACAAAACCUUUUCCAGAAUUUCGGAGGAGAUUGACUUCUGAUGGCAUGGAAGAGUGGGAUAGCAAUGAUGCAGUCAACGAUUUUGGCUUUCAAAAAUCGGUAAAAAGAGGAGUAUCAACUUCUUCUCCCGCACAGGGAAUCGUUCCAAUUGAUGUAAAUCUGCUUAAAUCAUCGGUAAAAAGUGCACUAGAGGCCAAAAGUACAAGUCUAACACUCUACGGGCAAUUAAUAACAAAUGUGUGCAUUACAGGACGGAUUAGUGACAUUAACGAAUUGCCCAGUAUGAUAGUGAUGGUUUUGGAAGAUGAAUGGGGGAAAGUUAACAUUAGAACUGGUAGAAACGCAAGUAGUAAUCCUUCGGAUGGAAACUUGGUUAAUGUUGUAGGUGCUGUAAUAAUUUUAUCUGAGGAAGAUUACUACAUUGAUGCCACGCAUAUUCGUAUUGUGGAUGAUAUAUUUCAGGAAUAUCAUAAAGUUGCCGUUAAAUUCGCGGCAUAUUCGUUGGAUGCCGCUACGCGUUUGCAUAGUACAAGUAAUUCUAAAUUACAGUCUACUGUAUUGAUUGACAAAGAGUCUUGGAAACAUGUUAAAUUGGGCGUCGAGUAUGAUUUCAUCACAAAUCCAGUCGAAAUUGCGGUAAUAAAGUUUUUGACAACCCAAAACGAUAAAAUUGCAAGUAUUGCUGUUGUUACUAAAUCGUUGGCAGAUUAUCAAGAACAGGAGAUUAAGGAGGCUAUUGAUUCCCUGGUUAAACAAUCUGAAGUUGGUAUUUCAGGCCAACUCUGUUUUUUACCUUGA